AUGCGUCAUCUCAUGGAAGAAUUAGGCAUCUAUACUUUGAAAGACGCACCAGUGACGACCCAUUCAAAUACUUAUAUUAUGGGAACAAGUGUGCUGGCUGUGAAAUUUCAAGGGGGUAUUUUAGUUGCCUCAGAUACACAAGCAUCGUACGGAUCGUAUGCUAAGUACAAGAAUAUUACGCGAGCGGCUCAGAUAUCCCCAAAUACUCUCUUGGUCUCUUCUGGGGAAUACAGUAACUUUCAAGAGGUUGUGCAUAUGCUGCGCUUGGAAAUGAACCCAAUUACUGAAGAAGCCACUGUUUUUGGGCCCAGAGAGUGUUUUGAGAUUCUCAGGAAUCAUAUGUACGAAAAGCGCAACCGCGGCCAGCCAGAGCAGAACUACCAUGUAGUGGCUGGAAUUGAAGAACAGCCGCGAGAAGCCGUUCCGUAUGAAUGUGAUCCUAAUGGCUUGUUUUUAGCAGCUAUAGAUCCAUUGGGAGGUUUUUAUCAUGCUAAUGUUAUAGCUACAGGUCUGGGUGCUCACAUUGCCUUGCCUAUUCUAAGGAAGGGAGUGGCUGAUGGCGAGUUGGAAGAAGCUGAAGCCCGAGAGUUGUUAAUGACUGCUAUGCGGACUUUACUCUAUCGUGAUACGCGAGCGUGUGGUGCCAUACAGAUCUCUAAGGUCACCAAGGAUGGCAUUAGUAUUUCUGAUCCAUUGGAGCUAAGCACGGAUUGGUCCGUGGGUAAGCUAUAA